GGGAAAGGGAAAGGGGAGGAGGGACCUGAUGAAAGACAAGAGCGCAGAAACAAAUCGGGCUCCUCCAGCUGUGCGCUGCUUUUGCUCCUUUUCCUUCACGAAGAGAUUACACUGGGCUGUGCAGGAACACUCAGUGAGAUGCUACCGCUGUAAAAGAGGAGCGAUGGCAUACAGAAAAGAGAAAAAGGAAAGAAGUCCACUGUGAUGCACUUGACUCUGGGCUUUUCCACAUUUUUGGAGAGAACUCUGGUCCUCUUUGGGCUUUCCUGAAGAGAACUCCUGUUGCCUUUGUUGAUUUCAGACAGAAAUCGCCUCCCUUUUCGAGGGAACUCUUUUUUUUUCCAAAGGUUCUGUCAUUUUUUGUGGUUCUUUGGAGAGAAUUCUUAUUGUCUUUGGACUUUUUGGAUAAAACUGUCCCAUUCUUGAUUCAUUUGGACAGCACUCCUGAUUCCUUUUUCACUUUUUCCUGUCCCUUUUGGGCAAUUUUGGGUAACUGCUAUCCUCUUUUCUCUUUUCCGGAAAAAAAAAAAAUCUCCUGUCUUGUUUGAGCUUGUUUGGAUAGCACCUGUGGGUUUAUGGAGACUGCUCCUGUUCCCAUUCGGAUUUUUUGAAAAGAAGUCUUGUACCAUUCUUGUACUUUUUUUUAGAAAAACUCCUGUUCCUUUGGCUACUCUGAGAAAGAGUCCUGUACCCUCUUCACUUUGAGGACUCCUGUACUCUCUUAACUUUUUUGGAGAAAACUCCUGUUCUCUUUAGGUUCUUUGAAGAGGACUCCUUCACCCCCUUCACUUUUUUUGGAGAAAGCUCCUGCUCCCUUUCUUGCCUUCUUAAAGAUAACUCCUGUUCCCUUUGAACAUUUUUGGAGAUAACUCCCAUCCUGUACCCCGUGUACCUUCGUGGGCUCUGGCUUGGCUCGGCAUGAGUGCGGAGUGCACAGCUUACUACAGUGCUGAGAACGUGUUCGUGAGCGCCUUCAGCUGCCCCAAAGCGGACGGGGACGCCCGUUCCAUCUUCUGCUGCGGCUUCAAUGAUGUCAAAUACUGCUGUGAUGACCCCAACAGCUUCUUCCCCUACGAGUAUGGCUACAUGUGGUGGCUGAGUGUGGGCGCUUUGGUCGGUUUGUCCAUAGCUGGAGUAGUUCUGCUGGCCUUUAUCAUCACUAUCUGUGUGCUCUGUUACCUUUUCAUCGCCACCAAACCCAGAGGACUGGACAAUGGCCUGCCUCUCCAGGCACAAGGCGCCGAGGCUGGCCCACAGGAAGGCCCGAGCCAGCCCAGGGCUCCGUCCGGACCUCAGGGGUUCCGCAAGCAUUUCUUCAAGGGGAAACUGGACUGUGACAACCAGCCGGCUGACCCAGAGCGGCUGUUUCAGCGCUGCUUCAUGGCCACCGUCACCACUAUCAACGUGGAGGGACCCUCGUAG